GACACCGAAUAAGCUGAAUGUAAACAUGAAUGCAGUAAAUGUAUAUGCAUGAUAGAAUAUAAAUAUAUAUAGUGUAAUCAGAUGAUGUAAACAGGUUGUAUGACAGUAAGUAAAGUAUAUAAAGUGACAGUGACAAAUUCUGGGUGCCAAGGCUAAACAUACAAAUGAAAGAUGUCUCUCAGAAAGUGUAUUUGACAUUAAAUGCCCAUGAUUUUCGAUUAGCUGGUCCUUUAGCGUUAUUUUUGGUUGCCAAGGUGAAUCGUGAACGGACAAAAACGGCAAGGGGCUGCAUGCACUCACUGAAUGGCUGUGCGUCAUCGCAGCAGACCCAAUAGCGAGAUACGCCUCUUGUCGUGCCCAAUAUAUAAAAGCUGCGACUCUCUGAGACUGAACCGUUUUACUCUGGUUGGUAAAAGCAAGUGAAAGUCAUCAAAUGUCCGCUCAUUUCAAAACAAUUCAAUUUCCAUGUUUCCACAUAUAGAGGAAUAAUAAUGGAUUUAAACGUGACGCUCUCAGGGCGCAACUUGGAGAGACUCUUUGGGAAUAACUCUCUGUUUCUGUUUGAAAAAAACAACACUUCCAAGACGGAUGAGGAAGACUUAGAGGUGAACACGGAUGUUUACUCCAGGGUGAUCGUCACCGUCAUGUACGCCUUGCUGUUCUGCGUGGGCUGCCUGGGUAACUCCAUCACUUUGUACACCCUGCUGACCAAGAAGACCCUGCAGAACCUGCAGAGCACUGUGCACUACCACCUGGCCAGCCUCGCCGUGUCCGACCUGCUCAUCCUGGUCCUCUCCAUGCCCAUCGAGCUCUACAACUUCAUCUGGUUCCACCACCCGUGGGUGUUCGGAGACUCGGUGUGCAGAGGUUACUACUUCCUGCGGGACUCCUGCUCGUACGCCACGGCGCUCAACAUCGCCAGCCUGAGCGUGGAGCGCUACAUGGCCAUCUGCCACCCGUUCAAAGCCAAGAGCAUCAUGAGUCGCAGCCGCACCAAGAAGCUCAUCAGCGCCAUGUGGCUCGCGUCCUUCGCGCUGGCCAUGCCGAUGCUCUUCGUCAUGGGCCAGGUGAUGCGUAAAGGAGAGAAGAUCUGCACCGCCAUCGUGUCUCCUGUCACCCUGAAGACCGUGCUGCAGGUAAACGCCUUCCUGUCCUUUGUGAUACCCAUGGUGGCCAUAUCUGCACUGAACGGGGUCAUAGCCAAUCAGCUGCUGCGAAUGUUCCGCGAGGCAGAGCAAGAAAACCGCGUCUGCAUCGUUGGGGGAAAUCCCACCAUGUUGAAUGUCACCGUGGAGCCCAACCGUGCUCAGUCGCUUCGCCAUGGAGUUCUUGUUCUCCGAGCGGUGGUCAUUGCCUUCGUGGUCUGCUGGCUGCCCUAUCACGCUCGCCGCCUCAUGUUUUGCUACAUCUCCGACUGGUCCGACGACUUGUAUGACUUCUACCACUAUUUCUACAUGCUGACCAACGUCCUGUUUUACGUCAGCUCGGCCAUCAAUCCCAUCCUCUACAACCUGGUUUCGGCCACUUACCGCCAGAUCUUCUUCUCCACGGUGCGCUACUUCUGUUUGCCCUGCCGCCAUACACCCAGGAGGCACCCCCACCCGCUAACCCGCCACUCCAUCAGCAUCUCCAGCAACCACACCCUCUCCACCAACAUCAUCAAAGAGACGGCGUACUGAUUGGACUGCAAUGGAAUACACUUUCUCAUACUAUAAACCCAUCCGCAGCCACCUUGUGAUUACUGGUCCGACUUCAUCAAGGAAAUUAUGGAACUGGUUUGGAGACUGUUGACACAGGCUGAUCCAGUACUGGGAUCACCAUCAUUUUAUCGUGUGGGGUCAAGUGCCCACUCUGAGACCACUGUGAUUUCAUUUCAGAUGCACAUUUUAUGAUGUGUUAUUGUGUGUUGUGUAUUUAUUCAUUUAACAUGAGUUUGGGAAAUCAAAAAAAUAUGACAAUGGAAGAAUGAAAAAAAAAGGAACAAUGGACAUAAACGAGCAUCUUUUAAAAUGGAAACUGAUAUGUAAAUGUUUUAUACAGUAUAUACAUGUUUUUAUUGGACCAAUCAUUCACACUUGCUUGUGCAGUGUACGUGACUCCAUGCCUCUACUGUUUCAGUGUUUCAGAAUCAACUUAUAAACCUCUUGGAAGUACUUUCUCUAAAAAAGAAAAGGCCUCCGGCAUUACUUUCACCACUACAAAAGAUCUGACGUAACCCUCCUUUGAGCGACUUAGGGUGAGCAAACCUAGCUUUGAUGUAAAAGAAGAAAAAAAAACCUGCAAAGAGUUGGUAUUUCUCUUUCUCGAAUCCAUGUUGCAUUGACAGCUGUAGGAAGAAUCUUGCAUCAUUACCAUGUACUUCUCUUGACUUUGUCACGAGCAGCUUUUCAGCAAAACUUUGUUGAACAGAGGGUGAGUUCAUAUAAUAGCGGGUUCUUACACUCUGCAAUUUGUAAAUAGUGCAGACAAAAAUUAUGAUUAUUUCUGGUCAAUAGUUUUCUGCAUUCAUUAAGCGUGUAGACAGCGGAGAAGUGUCUGUAAUUGAUUUUUUGAAGUAUUUGUACAUUAGUGACCAUGUAGAACAAAUGUGAUCUAUAGACACAAGCAUGCUUACAGAGAAAGGAGCACUUCAACCGACACAGCGCGCCCACACUAAUGUUCCCCCACCAGCUGCUGCUGCUGGAGCAAUCAGAGGCAGGGAGACAUCUGGGGACUCUAACGUCUUCUCUAGGAGCAACGCCAAGAUGUUUAACAAGCUGGACUCUCCUUCAGUGAAGGCACACAACAAGUGCUACAGAGGGUUAGAGAAAUGCCAUUGCAAUCAUUUAUCCAUGAUUAAUCAACAGCAUUUUGAAAGGCCAAGAGAACGGAGCUUGUGCGAUCGGCCACUCUUCUUCUAAAUGAUGUUGGGUAGCAUAAGAUCUAUAUAGUAGUCUCAUUCCAGAAUAAAAUUGUAAUCAGAAGGGUUAUUAUUAGCACAGUGUGCCAGCCCAGUAUAGGCCGAGGAAUUAUGUUGAUACUGGCCGAUUCCGCGCCUCCUGAUUUAUAUCCAGUGGCAAUGUUCAGUGCCAAUACAAGAAGUAUUGUGCCCAUGAGUGGCAUGGCAGAAAGUUAGGGUGUCGAGGAGGUGCUCACAGAGCGGCAGUUAUUGUUUUAGUUUAAUUAUCAACUGCAACCAUGAUCUUGCCCUAACCUUAAUCAAUUGCCUAACCCUAACCAAAAGUUUAUUUGCCAUAACCAUAAACUUUCCCCAACCUUAUAGCAAUACCCUAACCAUAACCAAGCGUUUUAGUUGACCAAAGGCUGGAGUAUGCUUGAAACAAAUUAGUUUGUACUUGUGUAUGAAAACAAAAAAAAGCAAUUUCAAAGAGAAGCAGACAGAAGGGUCUACACUAUGUGUUUGGAGGAUAUAUCAGGAUGUCAAACUGAUUCAGCUGUGAAAACAGGUUCAAAAGAUAAAGAUAGAAUUGUAAAGUGAACAGAGAUGUGUAGGGGGGAUGGGGUUUCAGAAUCAUACUUUCGCCUUAACAUUAACCAAACCUCAACCAGAGUUUAUUUGCCAUAACCUCUGGAUUCUGAAAACACUAGCAAUGGACAUAAAAACAUUGUCAACGAAUGUAAUCAGGUGUUUUGCAGAAAUGUCCGAUAUCGACAUUCUUGUCUGGCGAUGGUUAAACUACACACAGAAAAUGCCACUGAGAAUAGAUAAGCUAACAUAAUUCUUGUCAAGUAAAUUCCUCCUUUCCUGUUAGGCUAAAUCAAAAAUUAAUUAUGGACCAUGAGUGAGAGGGGUCAUCAUAAUCCUAUUAGUUGAAAUCGGCCACGUUUUCCUCUUUAGAAAUCAAUGGACUACCAGUGGCUUGUUGAGUUGUCAGUAUUGUACAGUGUGAAGGUAAUGCUUUCUCCAUGCGUGCAUUUAUAUAUUCCUCAUAGAGUUCAUGUAACUUACAAUUUAUGGUAUUUGUGAAUGUGUUUCUGAACAAAUCACACAUAUAAACAAAUAGGAGCAUUGAAUCAGCAGCACUUGACCAUUUACUCACAAGAGGUUAUUUUCAUCAGGUGGCGAGAGAACCCAGCCUGUUGCUUACUUUAUAAGAGAAGCCUCUACACACGGAUUUCAGUUUACUACAAAUGGAAAUCAAUGGAUUUCAUUAAGGCUGUAGUAAUAUCACUUUAGUCCUACUUUUUGUGUUUGCCAGGUUCAAAACCAACUGAGAUGAUUGAGAGAUUCCCAAGAAAGAGUAAAGUCAAUUUAAACAUCUUUGUCAUUAUAAAAGUCUACAGCCAUGCUAGCAGCUCUGUGAGGAUGUACUUGGACACAGAGGCGCUUUGUGCUCUGAAUGCUAACAUGCUAUGUUGACGGUGACUUUGUUGAUGCAUUGACCCUGAUCAGACGGACCAUGUCUGAGCGUUUUGUAAUUGUUUUCAGUGAGAUUGAAGCAUUUUGCACGCUGCUUUUGCAUUGCUGAAGUGCCCUGAACGCCUCAGGUUGAAAAAAAAUUCCACUCAGCGGAAAAGCGCCUGUUUUUCUCAUUGUGGAGACUUUCGCUGGAUACCCGGAGCUAUAUGACCAACCAUAGUUACCAUGAUCUGAAUACUAAACAGCAGGCCUGGAAGCAAAUUAGAGCUUAACUUUAGAUUUUGGUUAAGUUGUUUUCAUUAAUUUAAACCAUACUAUUAAAACUGCAGUCGGUCCCUUUGAGCAUAUAUGAUAAAAAGUUAUUUUUAUAAAACACUAUAUCUACUAUAUACUGACAGUAUUGCAUGAGACAGAUAUCUGUGAAAAAAAUGCAUGUUGCUCUGUCUCUGCCUCAGGCUCUUAAUGG